AUGAAUUCCCAAUUAUAUUAUAAAGAUUUAACAAAACGUAUUUAUGGAACACUUGAUGGUUAUAGAGAUGUUUGUAAUCUUAUGUAUUACAUUGAAGUAAUGUAUGAAUCAUUUCGUAAAAUUAAACCAGUUUUAAAAGAAAAUGAAAGUAGAGAUUUCAAAGAAACAUUUUAUCGUUUAAAAAAUCAUUAUAAAGAUUUAAAAUAUUUAAAAAAUUACAUAAAAUCCAAGAGACGUAUCAAUAUUGGAGAAUUAACAUCUGAUGCUGAAAGUGAGAGUAACUUUCAAUUAGAUGAAACUUCUUGUAAUAGUACAACUUAUUCUGAAUGUACUAAAACUGAAAUAGGUUUUUAG